UUCAUGCUUCCGUGUUGUGGUGACAUGACGACGAUCUGUAUUGGACCCGUGUGCAUCCCCAUCUACUCCCUUCUCCCGUUCCUCUUGAUGUUCUUGUCGAAAGCGUGGGCGUGGAUCACGGGCAAGCCUGUAUUGGACGACAAGAAGAAUGACGGCGCUGCGACUCCGAGCACAGCCAUCUCGGAGGAAGCGUCCAAUAACCUUCGACAGCGCAAGGCCGGUCCGUCAAACGUCAUUGCCAUGACCUCGACUGCCGAAUGGAAGAAACAUUUGGCACUAUCCAGCGACUCGAAGCCACUAGUGGUUGACUUUACGGCCACGUGGUGCGGCCCGUGCAAGAAGAUCGCUCCCUUCUUCGCCGAACUCAGCGGCAAGUUUCCCGAAGCCAUGUUUGUCAAGGUGGAUGUGGACGACUUGGACGAUGUCAUGUCGCAGUGCGGGGUGCGUGCCAUGCCCACCUUCCAAGUGUACAAGAACGGAACCAAGGUGGACGAACUCGUGGGAGCGGACCAGUCCAAGCUCCAAGCGCUGGUGGCUCGCAACACCCUUUGAAGUGAGCCGAGUCACCCCUAAGCUACGCCUGCUAACGCCUUAUAAUACGCCAAUUGCACGCGUUUUGCCCAUUUCACCCAAAUAUUUGGACUUUUGAGUCGUUUCGCCAAAUACAGCUUGAUCUGAUUUAAGCUUGUACAAAC